AUGGGUGCCUACAACCACUCGUUUGUGUUCCAUUUUGAACAAAAGUAUGACCAGUCUUUGUUCCAAGGUUACAUGAAGCGGCAUUGGACGGACAGCUUCAUUUAUUCCACCGUCUACGUCCUCAUCGUGUUCUGUGGGAAGAAAUGGAUGGAGAAUCGACCUCGGUACGAUCUGAGACCCUACCUCGCCACCUGGAGUGCGAUACUGGGUAUAUUUAGUAUAUUUGGAGCAAUUAGGACUGUCCCAGAAUUGAUUUCCUCCGUAAGAGAUUAUGGGAUGGAGUAUUCGCUGUGUGUCCCGUCGUACUUCGAGGGCGUGACCGGGUUCUGGUGUUUCAUGUUUGCACUUUCGAAGGUAUAUGAACUUGGAGACACUAUUUUCAUUAUUCUUAGAAAGCAACAGCUUAUAUUCUUACACUGGUAUCAUCACAUCACUGUUUUAAUUUACGUCUGGUACAUGUACCCAAUAAAUCUGGGAUUUGGAAGAUGGUUUAUGGGGAUGAACUACACUGUGCAUUCCAUUAUGUACAGUUACUAUGCACUGCGUGCGAUGAAAUUCCAUGUACCCAAGUUUGUGAGCAUGAUCAUCACAUUACUGCAGCUGACACAAAUGGUAACUGGGUUUGCUGUCACCUAUUUUGCACACAAGCUGAAUCAACAGGGUAUUAAAUGUAGCCAGACGGAACAGCCAAUUCAGUAUGGAAUGAUUAUGUAUGGGACAUAUUUCAUUCUCUUUGCUCACUUCUUCUAUACAACUUAUAUUGCCGAAAAGCCAAAAUCAAUAAAUGGUCAUAUAACAGACGGAAAGAAAAAGAGUUGA